CUCUCAUUUCAGGAUGAUUUGCCAUUUGAUUGUAGUGUGUCAGCAAACACCUGCAGUUCUGCUGCAGCACUGGCCAAAGAGCCACUGAGAUGGGGUGAGAAGAGAAGCAGCUGCCACCGCCUUUCCUCCACUUUUCUUUCCCAGAGAACUUGAGAGGCUGCAGAUGUCUGCCGAUUUCACGCCGGCAGGGCUCCCUGAUUAGGACAGCUACAAACUUGAACUCUUGCUUGAAAUCUGUAUAUUAAAGUAAGCCGUGUUGAAGAUAUCGUCUUCCAGAACCAGCUGUUCAAGAUGACCAACAUAUCCUAUCAUAUCUCCAACCUCUUGGAGAAGAUGACAUCCACUGAUAAAGAUUUCAGAUUUAUGGCUACCAAUGAUUUGAUGAUGGAACUACAGAAAGAUUCCAUAAAGCUAGAUGAAGACAGUGAGAAAAAGGUUGUGAAAAUGCUCCUAAAAUUGCUUGAGGAUAAAAAUGGAGAAGUGCAAAACCUGGCUGUCAAAUGCUUGGGUCCUUUGGUGAGCAAAGUGAAAGAAUAUCAGGUGGAAACGAUUGUUGAUACACUGUGUACAAACAUGCUGUCAGAUAAGGAACAGCUUCGGGAUAUUUCUAGCAUUGGGUUAAAGACCGUCAUUUCUGAGCUGCCUCCCCCAUCUACAGGUUCUACCAUGACAGCCAACGUUUGCAAAAAAAUCACUGCUCAGCUGACUGGAGCUAUUGGAAAGCAAGAAGAUGUGUCGGUACAACUUGAGGCCCUUGACAUUUUGUCAGACAUUUUGAGCAGACUAGGGGGAACUCUGUACUCCUUCCAUUCUUCUAUCCUGAACUGCCUCCUUCCUCAACUGAUGAGUCCCAGGUUGGCCGUUCGGAAGAGAGCCAUCAUUGCCAUAGGUCACCUGGUCUUGACAUGCAAUGGGAAUAUCUUUGCAGAGCUUAUGGAACAUCUCUUGUCAGAGCUGAGGAGGAAUAAUUCCACUUCUACUACAAGGACAUAUAUCCAGUGUAUUGCUGGUAUCAGCAAGCAGGCUGGACACCGCAUAGGGGACUACCUAGAGAAGAUGAUCCCAUUGAUAAUUCAGUACUGCAAUGUAGAGGAUGAUGAGCUGAGGGAAUAUUGUUUCCAAGCCUUUGAGUCUUUUGUAAGAAGGUGUCCAAAAGAAAUUGGCCCUCACCUUCCUAAUGUGACAGGAUUGUGCCUCAAGUACAUAACAUAUGAUCCAAAUUACAACUAUGAUAAUGAAGAGGAGGAUGAAGAUGAAAUGAUGGAAACUGAAAAUGGAGAGGAUGAGGAGCAAGAAAGUGAUGAUGAGUAUAGCGAUGACGAUGACAUCAGCUGGAAAGUUCGUAGAUCUGCUGCAAAGUGCCUUGAGGCCAUAGUCAGCACCAGACACGACCUUCUGCAGGAUUUCUACAAAACUCUGUCUCCGGCUUUAAUAAGCAGGUUCAAGGAAAGGGAAGAGAAUGUUAAGGCGGACAUCUUCUCAGCCUAUAUAUCUUUACUGAAGCAAACUCUGCCCAUUCAGAGUUGGCUACAAGCUUCGGAUGAAGCAGGCAAGGAGGACAUACCUCUUACCAUGCUACAGAACCAGGUUCCAAAUAUUAUCAAAGCUUUGCACAAGCAACUUAAAGAGAAGAGCGUCAGAUCAAGACAAGGGUGCUUCACUCUUUUGACGGAACUGGCGAAUGUCCUCCCUGGUUGCCUUGCGGAUCACAUACCUGCUCUAGUGCCGGGUAUUGUCUUCUCCUUGACGGAUAAAUCCAGCUCCUCCAAUAUGAAGAUAGAUACUCUGUCUUUCCUUCAUGUUGUUCUCUGCAACCACCCCCGAGAAGUGUUCCAUCCCCAUGUUAAAUCCCUGCUGCCCCCAGUGGUGAUUUGCAUUGGGGAUCCUUUUUACAAGAUAACUUCUGAAGCUUUGCUGGUGACUCUACAGCUUGUGAAAGUCAUUCGUCCCUUGGAUGCCCCUUGUACGUUUGACGCCAAACCUUAUGUGACAGACUUGUUUUCUGCAACGUUGAAGAGGCUGAAGGCGGCCGACAUUGAUCAGGAGGUGAAGGAACGGGCUAUCUCUUGCAUGGGGCAAAUCGUUUCCAAUCUGGGGGACUACUUAAGUAGCGAACUCCAGGCAACCCUGAAGAUUUUUCUUGAGAGACUGAAAAAUGAAAUAACUAGACUGACUACGGUCAAAGCACUGACUCUGAUUGCAAAUUCCUCACUCAAAAUAGACCUGAGGCCCAUUCUAGCAGAAGUCUUUCCCAUCUUGGCUUCCUUCUUGCGUAAGAAUCAGCGUGCCUUGAAACUGAGUACUUUGACUGCUCUGGACAUCUUGAUCCGAAACUAUAGCGAUAGCCUCAAGCUAGCCAUGAUUGAAUGUGUUCUAAUGGAGCUUCCGGAUUUGAUUAGCGAGAAUGAUAUGCACGUCUCUCAGGUGGCCAUUGUGUUCCUUACCACUUUAGCUAAGGUUUAUCCCUCAUCCUUGUCCAAGAUCAGUGGUACAGUUCUGUCAGAGCUUUUCCAGCUGGUUUACUCACCUUUGAUGCAAGGAGGGGCCCUGAAUGCCAUUGUAGACUUCUUCCAAGCACUGGUUCUGAUCAAGGCGGUCCACAUGAGCUAUGCUGACCUGAUGAAGCAGCUAACUAGUCCUAUAUACUCCUCUAGCGGAGUCUCCACCACUUUGCACAAGCAGGCUUUUCACUCCGUUGCCAAAUGUGUGGCGGCCCUUUCUUCCGUGUGUCCAAAAGAAAUCCCUGGCCUAGUAAGCCUGUUCAUUCAGGAUGUGAAGAACCCAAAGUCUACCACUGCUGUCAAAAUGUUGGCGUUCCUCUCCCUCGCGGAAAUAGGCUGCACCACCAAUCUGAGCGCUCAGAAGGAACUCAAAGCGGUGAUCUUGGAUGCGUUUGCCUCGCCCAGCGAAGAGGUGAAAUCGGCGGCGUCCUACGCUUUGGGCAACAUCAGUGUGGGCAACCUGAAAGAGUACCUUCCCUUCAUGCUGAAGGAGAUUGGUGGCCAGCCUAAGCGGCAGUACUUACUGCUUCACUCCCUGAAAGAAGUCAUUAGCUCCUCCCCAGCAGAGAGCUUGAAACCUUAUGGGGAGGACAUAUGGGCCCUGCUUUUCAAGCACUGUGAAUACACAGAGGAAGGGACCCGCAAUGUUGUUGCUGAAUGCUUGGGGAAAUUGACUCUAGUAAACCCUUCUCAGUUGCUGCCCCGGCUGAAAAAACAGCUGUUCUCAGGCUCCCCCUAUGCUCGGAGUACAGUGGUGACUGCAAUAAAAUUCACCAUCUCGGAUCACCCACAACCCAUUGAUCCCCUUCUUAAAGGAUGCAUAGGUGACUUCUUGAAACCUCUUCAGGAUCCUGACUUGAAUGUUCGCCGUGUUGCUUUAGCUAUGUUUAAUUCUGCUGCUCACAACAAACCUUCCCUAAUCCGAGAUCAGCUCAGUACAGUCCUACCCCACCUGUACAAUGAAACCAAAAUUAGAAGGGAGCUCAUACGAGAGGUAGAAAUGGGGCCAUUCAAACACACAGUAGAUGACGGGCUCGAUGUGAGGAAAGCGGCCUUUGAAUGCAUGUACACACUUCUGGAAAGCUGCCUUGAUCGGCUGGACAUCUAUGAGUACUUAAAUCACGUGGAAGAUGGCUUGAAAGAUCAUUAUGAUAUCAGGAUGCUGACCUUCAUUAUGUUGGCUCGCCUCUCAACACUCUGCCCCAAUGCUGUCCUGCAAAGAUUAGAGCGGCUUGUUGAACCACUCCGAGCAACAUGUUCAACUAAGGUAAAGGCUGGUUCUGUAAAACAAGAAUUUGAGAAGCAAGAUGAACUGAAACGUUCAGCAAUGAGGGCAGUAGCUGCUCUACUGACCAUCCCAGAUGCCGAUAAAAGCCCUGUAAUGGCCGAAUUUUCUUCCCAAAUCCGAGCCAACCCAGAAAUGUCUUCCCUCUUUGAAAGCAUUCAGAAGGAUCCCACUUCAUUAUCCACAACAGACUCAAUGGAUCUGAGUUAGAACUCUUGGACUAUUUUGUCUGCUGCUUACAAUCCAGUUUCCAGUGCAGGAGCUAGAAAUGAUUUUAGAGCCAGGUGUCAUUUUAAAAAUGACAAUUAUUUCUAUGGAAACAAGUAAGAUUUCAGAUAUGAUAAACAGCAACCUUAUUUUUCAGUUACCACUUAUUCCUUAGUUCCAAAAUGCAAUCAUGCCAAAAGAAAAGUCAACCUAAUUACAGUACUGACAAGUGUAUUUACCGCCCCUUCUAUUAUUAAAGUGAAAACCCCACAAUGAAUUCUUCGAAGUGAUGAGAUUGUCAUGCUGUACCCCCAAAUGAAUCAACAGAUGUGGCAUCAGUUAAAUGCUGAUGUUCACAUUUGCUGAUAUUACAAUUAAUUGAUUUUUCAUAGUGUUAAAAUAUUUUAUAGCCAUUGCCAUGCCUCCCUCCUUUGAAAUUAAUACCGAAUUACAGAAGUAUCUCAAUUGUCUUCCAAGAUUGAAUGUCUUAUGCUUCGUUAAUGUGGCUUGUCUGCCACUCUGUAAUUUUUUUCCUGUAUGGACCUUCUUGCUAUAAUUCUUGUUUUUUUUUAAAGGAGCUGAUACCAAAGCACUGAUUAUUUCAAAGUAUAUAAAAUUAGCAUGUUAUUAUCAAGAGACAUUCAUCUGGUAUAAAUAUGUAGUAAUGAAUUGGCACCAUUCAUUUAUCAAAAUGGAAAUACAACUGUCGUGUUAUCAUUUUUUUUUCAUUCAGCAAGGGUCAUAUUGCUGCCUUGCAGCUCCUGAUUACAUUUCAUUGGGGGGGGGGAGUCAUAUGCCACUUAAUACGUGAAUCACUUAAGUGCUCUAUUUAUAAAACAGGGUGUCACCUUUUGCUGUACAUGCAUCAGAAGAAAAUAAAGUCAAAUAUAUAAAUGAUG